AUGGAUGCUUUGUGGGAGAUAGAAGAGAAGUGGAAGCUAUCGACCCAACAAGCAUUUCUUCUCUUGGUGUCUGCCGGCUUCGCGAUUAUCGGUGUCUGCAUGGCUAUGACUGUGUUAAGAAAGAAGGCUCAGAGGAAGCAGCAUCAGCAGCUUGUAGUGAUGGGACAAGAGGAUACUAAUGGGGCAUUAGGACACAAGAGGUUGGAGCCGAGCUGUGGUUGGGGCUCGAUAAAGAGAGCGUUGGUGGACUCGGUGCGGUGGAGUAAGGCGAGCAAGUGGGGGGAGAUCAGAAGAGGAGGGAGCUGGAGGGAGACGACACCGACGGGGCCGCUGCUGGAGAAGAGGAUUGGGGUUGAAAUGGGGUGGCACAGCCAUAACUCGGAGUCACCUGUUUGGCAAAGGCCUAUACUCAUGGGGGAGAAGUGUGAGCUUCCGAGGUUUAGUGGGUUGAUUCUAUAUGAUGAGAGAGGCCAGCCUCUUUGUGAUUCCCACCAGGAAACUGGAAUCCAGGCUUAA